CCCCUGCCCUAAUGACUGCCUGGCUGUCUGGAGCUUCUUAGUCCUGCUGAAUUAGUGAACAGACCACAGUUGGAGGGGUUUAAACCAACAGCAGACAUGAGCUUUACCAUCGAGGAGAGGGGCAGGCCGAACACCCAGGAGUACAGGGUGUUUUUCAAAAACUCUGAGGGCAAAUACAUCUCUCCCUUUCAUGAUGUACCCAUCUAUGCAAAUGAGGCAGAGAAUAUUUUUCAUGCCAUUGUUGAAGUUCCAAGGUGGACAAACGCAAAGAUGGAGAUUGCCACCAAAGACCCUCUCAAUCCACUGAAGCAAGACGUGAAGAAGGGCAAUCUUCGUUAUGUAGCGAAUGUGUUUCCCCACAGAGGUUAUAUCUGGAAUUAUGGCGCUAUACCACAGACAUGGGAAGACCCCAACCACAAGGACAGCGACACAGGGUGCUGUGGAGACAAUGAUCCCAUCGAUAUAUGUGACAUAGGAAAUAAGGUAUGCUCUCGGGGAGAAGUAAUCAAAGUGAAGGUGUUGGGAACUCUGGCUUUGAUCGAUGAGGGCGAAACAGACUGGAAGGUCAUAGUGAUCAAUACUGAGGACCCAGAGGCUGGCAGUUUUAAUAAUAUUGAUGAUGUGAGACAACUUAAGCCCGGCUAUCUGGAGGCAACUGUUGAUUGGUUCAAAAGAUACAAAGUACCAGAUGGGAAACCAGAAAAUCAGUUUGCUUUCAAUGGAGAGUUCAAGGACCGGGACUUUGCCGUUAAAACAGUGAAGAGCACUCAUGAGUUUUGGAAAGCGCUGAUUUCUAAGAAGACCAAUGCCGGCGAGUUAAACUGCAUGAACACCAGUGCUUCAGACAGUCCGUUCUGCUGCUCUGCUGAGGAUGCUGAGGCAGUAGUUAAAUCCGCAUGUCCUUUUGGAGCUGAAGAAGCUAUUCCAAGUUCAGUUGACAAAUGGUUCUUUUAUGAGAAGUGAGACGGUACAGCCAGGAUAGAAACAUGAAAACGUGAAGUCUUCCUGCUUACCUCCUUCCUCGAUCUGAUUCCAGUGGAUUUGAUGUGCAUUUGUUCUUGUACAUGUAACAUCUACUUGCCUGCUUGUUCGACCUUUAUUGGCUGAUGGAGCUGUUUUUUUUUCCAGAUCACAUGAAAGCGCUCAUUAUUUUUCGUCACUUAACUUACUGGGAGCAUAAUGCCCUUUGAUUACAACCUUAAAAAAGCAUUAUAAUAAACCACAUUAAUACUAUACUUACAUUGU